AUGAAUUUCGUUGCUUGUAUCAUAUGGAUUACCUUAUUGUUAUCCCUUGUUUAAUGUGAGCAAUGUAGUCCUCUAUGCCAAACUUGUAUCACUUUUGGAAAUAAUAUUGUUUGUUCAAGUUGUAUUCCAGAUUUUUAAAGAAUACUUCGACAAGUUGAAUGCAUAUGUUAGGAAGGAUAUUAUGAUGAUUCCCCUAAUCCAAAAUGUCUACCAAUAUGUGGAGAUGGAAUGAUUGUUGAUGGCGAAGAUUGUGAUGAUGGAAACUUUGAUCCUUUUGAUGGUUGCUAUUAAUGCAAAUUUGGCUGUUAAGAUAGUUGCUAAGAUUGUUAAAAUGGGUGGUGUUAUGAAUGCAAAACAAAUUAUAUAUUGGAUGCUAGUAUAAAUAUAUGUGAAAUAAGUUGCCUUGAUUAUUUGAUGAUUGGGAAUCAAUUAUGCUAAAAUUAAGAUUGUUUUGAUCAUUGUAUAUUAUGCGAAAAUGGAAUAUGUAAGGAAUGUGAUGAAAAAAAUGGAUGGUAUUUGAUUGGAAUAAAAUGUGAACCUAAAUGUGGAGAUGGGAUUAUUGUUUAAGGUCAAGAAUAGUGUGAUGAUAAAAAUAAAAAUCCAUUUGUAAAUUGUGAUUAAUGUCAAUUAAUUUGUUCAGAAUAUUGUGAUUUAUGUUAGAAUGGAUUAUGUCUUGAAUGCAAGUUUGGAUUUAAAUUGAUUUCCAAAAUUAAUAAAUGUAUCCCUUAUUGUGAUUAUAAUAUCAUUAUCCUUAAUGAUGAAUGCGUAGAUAUUUAGACAAAUAGGUUAAUUCAUUUAAAUUAUAAUUGUAAUAUUGAUUGUGCAUAAUGUGUCAAUGAAAUUUUGUGUAUAAAAUGUCAAAUUGGAUUUACAUUAAUUAAUAAUUAAUGUAGAGAAAUAUGCAGUAUAUAAGUUAACAAGGAGGAGUACAAAAAUGAUAUAGAGUUAAUUUAUCUAAAAUGUUAAUCUUCCGACUUCAUAUGCAAUUUUGGAUGCUUAUCUUGUUCAAAAGGACGUUGUGAAUUAUGUGAUAUAGGAUAUCAUUUAGAAAACCAUUAAUGCUCAACUAUAUGUGGAGAUAGUGUUAUUGUUGGUGAAGAACAAUGCGAUGAUGGUAACUAGAUUCAAUUUGAUGGCUGUUAUAAUUGCUUAUAUUAAUGUUAAUAGGAAUGCUUAAAUUGUCUUUUUGGGAAAUGUAUUGAAUGUCAAAUUGGUUAUGAGAAUAUUGAAUUUAGUUGCAGUGAAUCAUGUAAUAAUUCUAUUAUUACAUUUAAUGAAUUUUGUGAUGACGGUAAUUUAGAACCAUUUGAUGGAUGUUUUAAUUGUAAUUAUUCUUGUGAUCAAUUAUGUGAGAUAUGCAGUUAAGGAAUUUGCUCUAAAUGUUUCGAUUAAGGGUGGGAAAUUAAUUUAUCAAAUAACAAAUGUAUAACUAUAUGUGGAGAUUAAAUUGUUGCUGGAGAUGAGUAAUGUGAUGAUGGAAAUGAUCUUAAAAAUGAUGGGUGUUAUGAGUGUUAUCAUGAGUGUUAAAAGGAAUGUCUGAAAUGUUCAAAAGGCAUUUGUUAUGAAUGUAUUGGUCCUAAUUGGAAAUUGAAAAAUAAUUUAUGUUAAUGUGAAACAUGCUAAAAUUUAUGCUAAAAUGAAUGUUCAUAGUGCAUUUAAGGAGUAUGCUAUAAGUGCAAGUCUCCAGGAUGGGUCUUAGAUAACGAUAGUUUAUGUAUUUAAGAAUGUGGUGAACUAUGUAAUUAGAAUAUUUGUGGAGAUGGAAUAUUGAAUCCUUAAUUUGAGGAAUGUGACGAUGGAAAUAAUGAAAUAAGAGAUGGGUGUGAUAAAUGCCUUUUAGAAAAAGGGUUCUAUUGUAAUCACGAUUAGAAUUUGAUAUCUUAAGGGUGUUCUCGAUGUAAGGAUUUGAAUUGUCUUUAAUGUAAUUUAAUGGAUGAAUAAUAAAUUUGUUUCGAAUGUCAAUCAGGUUAUUUUAUAGACUAAUUUCAGGAAUGCUCCUAAUGUGAUCUCAUUUGUGUUGAAUGUACUCAAAAUUUCAAAAAUUGUACUACUUUUAAUUCUCAAUUUCAAAAUUAAUAAAAUUAACAUUAAUGCAAUUUCAUUUUAGGAAUCUUUAAUGAUUUUGAUAUUUAUGAAUGUAUUUCAAAAUGCGGAAAUGGAGUUUUAGAUGUGCAUGAAUAAUGUGAUGAUAGUAAUAGAGAUAUUUUAGAUGGAUGUAAUGAAUUUUGUCAAUUAGAAGAAGGGUAUAUAUUCAAUUUUGCUACUCAUUCCUUGUAAGCUGAACCAUAUAUAAAAGUAGAGAAAAAAUUAUCCAGUAAUAAUUAUUAUUCACUUUUCAUAAACUAGAAUUAAGAAUCACUUAAUUUAUCUAGUUUAGUUGUUGAUAUUGAGGGAUUUUCAAAUUUAGAUUACAAUUAUAGUGUGAUUGAAAACAAUAGUGAAUUAGACUUGAGAUUUUUCUUUAUUAAAACUAUAGAACCUAAUAAUUUAAUACAUAUUUCAAUAUCGUAUAGAAAAUACUAUAAAAUAAGAGAAUUAGAUGAAACAUUUAUAAAAGAAAUAAUAGUAGUUCCUUAAAGGUAAGUAUAUGUCAGUGAAGAACAAAGACUUUAAGGAGAGAAUAUGGCAUAAGGAUAUUAAACUUUAUUUUCGCUUUAAAUAUAUUUAGCACCUCUAGCAAUAAUAUUUGGAGGAUUUUAAUUGUUUUUGGCUAUUCUUGAUAUAAUGAGUUGGAUGAAUAACUUUUAUUUUUUAAAUGUAAAUUAUCCAUAGAAUGUUAGGAUGCUUUUUUUAUAGGCCGAAUGGAGUAAUAUCAUCAAUAUUCCAACUUUGAAAUUAUUAAAUAAACCAAAUGAUGAUUACUAUUUCUUAGCUCCCAUAAAAUUUGUGGAAAAAGAAAUAGAUCCUUUAUUAUUUAACAAUAUAUAAACUCCAAUCAUAUUUGCUUUCCAAGUGUUAUUUACUUAUCUCUUGAGCUUGAUAGUUAUUAAAUUAGCUUAGCUAAAUUACCGAAAAAAUAGAAAAUAAUAGACCAAGUUUUCUAUCUUUUAAUUAGGAGAUAGCGUAAAACCUGAAAAAUCUAGGAUUUCUGAAGUAUAAUAUGACUUCGAGAUACCUAAAUGGUUUUAAUCUUCUUUAUAAAGGUGCUUUUACUUAAAAUGUAAUCUAAAGUCUAAUUUAAUAAGAUCCAUUUCUUUAAGUUAUUUAGAUAUUACUUUAGCAGUGAUGCUCUAAAUCACUAAUUAAUAAACUGCUAAUAACUUCAUCGUUAAAAUUAAUGUGAUUGCUGCUUAUGGAUUUCUCAUAUUUCUUUUUUAUCUUAUAUUUAUCUCAUAUCAAAUAUCUUAAGCACAUUUAGCAAAAUUAGAGAAUAAACAGUUUUUUUCAAGGUAUUGUUGUUUUUAUGAAGAAAUGAAAACUGAAUCCUCGACUGCAAUGAAAUACUCAUUUAUAAACUUAAUACGGAAAACUAUGUUUAUUGUUUCUACUGUUACUUUAUAUUCCUAUCCAAUCUUUUAGACAUUAUUAUGCUUUCUAUCAUCUUUUUUAAAUCUACUAUUAUUGAUGGCAAAUAACCCUUUUAAAAGCAAAAAAUAAUAUAUCCUAAAUUUCGUUCCUGAUUUUUGCAUUUUUAUAAUCGUUGGUUGCUCAAUUAUUUUUGCAUUUUAAGACAGGUUUAAAAUAGUAAAAGAUGAAUCAAUUUAUUAAAUGGGAUGGAUAGUUGGAGUAAGUAUCUAUUUAUCAAUUGGUUUGUAACUUAUACUCUUGAUAUAAGAAAUAUUGUUUUCAUUUUGGAAAAAGCUGAAAUCAUUAAGUGAGUAUCUCAAAAAAAAAUGCACAAAGAAAUAAUGA